AUGCACUCCAAGAUCGUUGCCCUGUUCAGCCUGUGUGCCGCUGCCUCCAUCCUGCAGGCGGCUGACGCUGGCGCUUCUCCUGUGGGCGUCUCGCCGCGCCGCCACCUCGGCUCCAGGGAGGACUACGGACACCACCCGCGCCACCACGACCAUGACCAUGACCACGACCACGACCACGGGAAGAAUCACCGCCACCACGAUGACAAGCACCCGUCGCACUACUAUUACCGUCGCCGUCUCGAAGACGCCAAGGCCACCGAGUCCAAGGACUACAAGGACGACCAUGGCAAGGACGACUACGACUACGGCAAGGACCGCAAGGAUCGCAAGGACGGCUACGAGCACAAGCGGUACGGCGGUCACGACGACUAUGACGAUGACUACAAGGGAUACGGCUACAAGAGCUACGGCGGAGACUGCGAUGACUACGGAAAGGGUCGCCACGACAAGGACGACUACAGCUACGGCAAGGCCUACUACGGCAAGGCCUACUACGGCAAGGACGACUACAGCAACGGCAAGGCCUACUACGGCAAAGACUACUACGGCAAGGACGACUACAGCUACGGCAAGGACGUCUAUGGAUACGACGGAUACAAGUACGGCUCCAGCUACUACCCGGACUACUACUCGUCCUACGGCGGCGGCGGUGACUUUGGCUACGGCUAUGGUUACAACUACCCCGGCAACUUCGGCUAUGCUAGCUACGGCUAUGGCUACCCUGGUUACCCUGGUUACCCUGGCUACCCUGGCUACGGCUACGGCUAUGAGUCCGCGACGACGGACGGUGCUGAGGCUGGCCAGAAGGAGUCCGCCACGGCGCCUGCUACCGCUACGGACGUUGCGUCCAACAAGUCGGCGGAGAAGGAGGACAAGACGCCGCCCAAGGAGAAGGAGACCACCAAGUCCGGCGCCACGGACAAGGCCAAGGGCAACCUGUGUGCCGCUGCCUCCAUCCUGCAGGCGGCUGACGCUGGCGCUUCUCCUGUGGGCGUCUCGCCGCGCCGCCACCUCGGCUCCAGGGAGGACUACGGACACCACCCGCGCCACCACGACCAUGACCAUGACCACGACCACGACCACGGGAAGAAUCACCGCCACCACGAUGACAAGCACCCGUCGCACUACUAUUACCGUCGCCGUCUCGAAGACGCCAAGGCCACCGAGUCCAAGGACUACAAGGACGACCAUGGCAAGGACGACUACGACUACGGCAAGGACCGCAAGGAUCGCAAGGACGGCUACGAGCACAAGCGGUACGGCGGUCACGACGACUAUGACGAUGACUACAAGGGAUACGGCUACAAGAGCUACGGCGGAGACUGCGAUGACUACGGAAAGGGUCGCCACGACAAGGACGACUACAGCUACGGCAAGGCCUACUACGGCAAGGCCUACUACGGCAAGGACGACUACAGCAACGGCAAGGCCUACUACGGCAAAGACUACUACGGCAAGGACGACUACAGCUACGGCAAGGACGUCUAUGGAUACGACGGAUACAAGUACGGCUCCAGCUACUACCCGGACUACUACUCGUCGUACGGAUACAGCUACUACCCGGACUACUACUCGUCCUACGGCGGCGGCGGUGACUUUGGCUACGGCUAUGGUUACAACUACCCCGGCAACUUCGGCUAUGCUAGCUACGGCUAUGGCUACCCUGGUUACCCUGGUUACCCUGGCUACCCUGGCUACGGCUACGGCUAUGAGUCCGCGACGACGGACGGUGCUGAGGCUGGCCAGAAGGAGUCCGCCACGGCGCCUGCUACCGCUAUGGACGUUGCGUCCAACAAGUCGGCGGAGAAGGAGGACAAGACGCCGCCCAAGGAGAAGGAGACCACCAAGUCCGGCGCCACGGACAAGGCCAAGGGCAAGUAA